ACGGGCUGUUCGAAUGCAAGAAGCUAUUCGCACGCCACCUGGACAACCGUGCUGUGCGUUUCUUUGCGCCAUCGAGGCGGUGACAGUGUGGGACGGGCUCGCCUGCAGCCGUAACACGUAGCGCCAUGUUGGGGCUCCUGUUUAUGACGUUGUGCUGGUGUGGGCCUGGCCAGGGUCUGGAGAAUGUCAUCCCUCAAGCGGUCCCAAACUAUGUCGCCGCUGCCAGAACGUUAGUCAACACACACACUGUACAGAGCCUCUUCCUGAGCCCCUCGGCCACCCAAGUUAUAAAAAACACUUUAUCAAUUCCUACCACCGUGUUGAACUUCAUAGAUCAGAACGAUAUCAACUACGUGGUAGGGGAUGUUGGCACACUGAAGCCGGAUAUAAAGGUGCGUCCUGUUCAGAAUCUUGUACUGGCGGACACGCGACCUUCGCCACCAGGCCGAGGCCCACGACCUGUAAAAGAUGACGAUGCUAACAUUUCCCCCUACUGGGUCGACCCCCAGGGCCGACCACCCAGCCAAGCACCAGCCACACGCCCCGAUGACCUAGCACCCAGUCCUCCCACCUGCAGGCCCCAGGAAAGCGAGGUGCCGCCUGUGGAUUGCAAAUCUCCUCCAAAGUACCGUACCAUCGAUGGUCGCUGUAACAACCUGCUGAACCCUCACCUGGGCACCCCGGGCCAGCCCAUGCCACGCAUCCUGCCUCCUGUCUACGACGAGGCGUUGAUGAGGACUCGGUCAGCAGCUGGAGGUCUCCUGCCCAACCCCCGGGUGGUGAGCCUGGUGGUGCGGGAGGGGCCCUUGGCCUCCUUCACUAAUUACAACCUCCUCCUGAUGCAGCUCGGCCAGAUCAUCGACCAUGACAUGAGCGUCAGCGCUCUCGUCAAGAGUCCUGAAGGUUCGCCGAGGAAGUGUGGCGACUGUAGCUCUUGGAAGGACCCGGUGUGCGCCCCCAUUAACAUCCCUGACGACGACCCCCACAUGCAGGCACGCAACCCUAGCACCGGCCAGCGCAGGUGCCUUCCCUUCUUCAGGAGUGGGGCCGUGGGGAGCCGGGAUAGCCAAGGUCGACCCUCCCUCGACCAGAUCAACACCCUCACAGCCUUCCUCGACCUGUCCACGGUGUAUGGGAGCGACGAGUGUCGGGAGCGGGACCUAAGGCUGUACUCCGGAGGACUCUUGAUCGAGCUGAAGGCGGGAAGAGGCAAGGGGACCGGCGGAGUGAUGCCCGCAGUGGAUGCAAAGCACUUCGAGGAUUGUCGCACCGAUUAUAAGAAAUGUUUUCUUGCUGGCGACGACAGGAGCAAUGAACAUCUGGGACUGCUGGUGAUGCAUCAGCUUCUGUUCAGGGAACACAACCAUCUGGCCAGCCUCUUUGCCAAACUCAACCCCCACUGGAAUGACGAGAGGCUCUACCAGGAAGCUCGUCGGCUGAACGUCGCCAAGUUCCAGCACAUUGUGUACUCAGAGUUCCUGCCGCUACUCCUGGGCAAGAACAAGAUGGCAGAGUACCGCCUCAUUCCUGAGAAAUCUGGCUAUUACCAGGGUUACGACCAGCGGGUCAACCCUGGCGUACUGAACGAGUUCGCCAAUGGCGUUUUCAGGAUGGGACACACCAUGAUCCCGGACUUCCUGAACCUGCUAGACCACAACUACCUCCCUGUUGCCUCGGUCCCCCUCGUCCAGACCUUCAACAACGCCUCCUUGGCAGUCCUGCCCGGGAUGUGCGACAAGGUGCUCAGAGGGCUGCUGGGCACGCGACUCCGGCCUGUGGACAUGCGUCUGGUCACCACCAUUCUCGACCACCUCUUCCAGGGGCGCCAGAUCCCUCCCCAGGACCUCUUCUCCAGGAACAUCGCCAGAAGUAGAGACCACGGGAUUGGGCCAUACAUCAGGUACAGAGAGGCGUGCGGCGGGGGGCUCGCGACCUCCUUCGACGACCUCCUCAAAGUAAUGACCCAGCAAGCUGCCUCUGUCCUCAGAAAAGCUUACGCCCAUGUGGAGGAUAUUGAUCUCUUCCCCGGAGGCCUGGCUGAGACUCCCGUGGCAGGAGGCAUGUUGGGACCCACUUUCUCCUGCAUCAUCGCCUACCAGUUCCUAAACACUCGACGAGGUGACAGAUUCUGGUACGAGAACAUUGACGCAGGGUUCACAUUAGAGCAGCUGAAUGCUGUGCGCUCCUCGUCCUCCCUGGCGCGGCUCCUGUGUGUUAAUAUGGACGACCUCGACGCAUUGGUCCCGCAGAACAUCUUCCUAAUUCCUUCCAAGAGAGAAAAUCCUCUUGUGGCUUGUGACCAUCUGCCCUCGAUUGACCUGAACCUGUGGGAGGAGCUUCACUACAAGCAGGAUAUAGAUUGUACCUACGAGGGCCAACUUCAUCCUACAGGCAGAUUCGUAAAUGUCUCACCGUGUCUCACCUGUCAGUGUCAGUUUGACGGUCUGAUGCACUGCAAGCCUCAACUGUCGGGCUGUGGCCACUUACAGGACGACGAGCAUUGCAGACUGUUGUGUUGAGCUAGUCAGGGAUAGUGGUGCAGACGACCAUUCUCGUGCCUGCUCUCCCCUCAAAGAAAACGAAGAUUUUUAGCUAUAUUCUUAACAUAAAGGGGAAACCUUCCUAAAGACACAAAGGCUGUAGAUUUGGUUUACUUUACAAAUUGUAUACAUCUAAAAUAUGACUAAUCAAAACUCGGUUCUAAAAUUGGAAGAUGUUUUAGAAGUGUAAUAAUCGCUGUUAUUAAUCAGUGCUGUGUGCAUGUAUAAUUAAUGUAUAUAAAUGUUGUAAGUUAA